ACUUUGGGUUAAAAGAGUCCCAUCUGAUACCGAUAGAAGCUUUGAUUUGCAGUCAACAUUGGGCUUGGGCCUUGUAAAGUUGUAUAAGUCAAAAUUUGAAAAGUAAAAAUUUCCUCUGCUCUUUCCUUUCGAGUUGCUGUCCUCAUUUCGAUUAAGCACUUGUGAAUUUUCUCCUCGAGUUGAGAGAGUUGAAAGAGAAUGGAUUCAUUAGAUUCGGUGGUGGAUCCCUUGAGAGAGUUCGCAAAGGAUAGCUUUCGCUUGGUGAAGAGGUGCCACAAACCCGAUCGCAAAGAGUUUUCGAAGGUCGCGUUCCGUACGGCCGUCGGUUUCGUCGUCAUGGGAUUCGUUGGCUUCUUUGUGAAACUCAUCUUUAUCCCGAUCAACAAUAUCAUCGUUGGAUCUGGCUAGGAUUCCAUAAGAAUACAAUGUUCCAGGAGUUGUGGUGGUAGACAAGACGAGGAAACUUGUAAACAGAGGGAGAUAACUUUCCACUGUCUUAGAUCCUUUUGUUGAUGCGUAGACGUAGUUUUGAAACAGUUUGAACAAAUGAAUUUGCAGAUCAGACACUUAUAAUUUUAACUCAUAGGUCAUACCCUUUCUCAUGUUUUGGGUUGAGUUUCAUCAUCUGUUAUGCCAUCACUAUUUGAAAGAGAUUACUUUUGGAAGUUUCAAA